AUGGUGAAGGAAACGGAAUACUAUGAUAUUUUAGGGAUCAAGCCUGAGGCCACCUCUACUGAAAUUAAAAAGGCCUAUCGUAGGAAGGCCAUGGAAACACAUCCUGACAAGCAUCCUGACGACCCAGAUGCCCAGGCUAAGUUUCAAGCUGUAGGUGAAGCCUACCAAGUCUUGAGUGAUCCAGGGCUUCGUUCCAAAUAUGACGAGUUUGGUAAGGAAGAUGCUGUUCCGCAACAAGGGUUUGAGGAUGCUUCUGAAUACUUCACAGCAAUAUUUGGUGGUGACGGUUUUAAAAAUUGGAUUGGUGAAUUUUCUUUAUUCAAAGAACUAAAUGAGGCCACAGAAAUGCUUGGGAAGGAUGAUGAUGAGGCAAACGCAGCCAAUAACACUGGCAAAGCAGAUGAAACCACUGAUGGUGGAAUGGUUAAGCACGAUUCUGAUAAGGCUGAAAGUUUAAAAAAAGAUAAGCUUUCCAAAGAGCAAAGAGAGAAGCUAUUGGAAAUGGAAAGAAAAAGACGGGAAGAUAUGAUGAAGCAAGUUGAUGAGCUGGCAGAGAAACUGAACGAAAAAAUUUCUAGGUAUCUAAUUGCCAUCAAGUCUAAUAACUUGGAAGAAUUCACGCGAAAGUUAGAUCAGGAAAUUGAGGAUUUAAAAUUAGAAAGUUUUGGCUUAGAGUUAUUGUAUUUAUUGGCCCGAGUUUACAAGACAAAGGCAAAUAAUUUCAUCAUGUCUAAGAGGACUUAUGGAUUUUCCAAAAUAUUCACAGGUACACGUGACAAUGCCAGAUCGGUGAAGUCAGCCUAUAAUUUAUUGUCGACAGGCUUAGAGGCCCAAAAAGCUAUGGAAAAAAUGAGUGAAGUCAAUACUGAUGAGCUGGACCAAUAUGAGCGCGCCAAGUUUGAAUCUACAAUGGCUGGUAAGGCACUUGGUGUCAUGUGGGCUAUGUCCAAGUUUGAACUGGAAAGGAAAUUAAAAGACGUUUGCAACAAGAUUCUAAAUGAUAAAAAGGUUCCUUCAAAAGAACGUAUUGCAAAGGCGAAAGCAAUGCUGUUUAUUGCCCACAAGUUUGCUAGUGCUAGGAGGUCACCAGAAGAAGCCGAAGAAGCUAGAGUGUUUGAAGAAUUAAUUCUCGGUGAACAAGAAAAGGAACACAAGAAACACACAGUUGCCAGAUAA